AUGAGGCUGCUGCUGCUGGCGUGUCUGCGGGCACGCACCGGCAACGCCACCACGGCCGCCAGGAUCCGGGAUCAUCUCCAUGCUGCAGGUCAUACCUGUGUUCUAAAAGAUGCUUUCAUGUAUGGGAGUCCAGCUGAAAUAGCAAAUCUGACCUCCACAGAUGAGUUUGAUGCAGCCCUGGCCAUUCACCUCUAUAAAGCAGGCAGACUGCUGCAAGGGAGCAGAAUUCCUUUUGGAAUCAUCUUUGGUGGGACAGAUGUAAAUGAAGAUAUCAAAUGCAGAGAGAAGUGCCAGGUGAUGGGAGCAGUGCUGCAGGAAGCCAGGUUUGCAGUGGCUUUCUCGGUGGAAAUGAAGGAGCUGGCAGCAGCAGAGUGGCCAGAUGCUAGGAAGAAAAUAUAUGUCCAGAGUCAAGACUGGCACAGAAAGGAUCCCAGUGUCCAUCUGGGCAUUAUUGGACCUGCAGUUGAUCCCCUUUUUAGCAGUGAAGUUAAGGAGAAGGUUAAAAGGCUCCCUGGGGUGCAUGUGCUGCAGGAGCUGCCCCAGCAGGAGCUGCACGCCGCUGUCAGGAGAAGCUUUGCCGUGGUGAACAGCUCCAUCUCAGAGGGGAUGUCUGCUGCCAUCCUGGAGGCAAUGGAUUUAGAUAUUCCAGUGCUGGCACGGAACAUUCCUGGGAAUGCAGCAAUAAUAAAACACAAGGAAACAGGACUGCUAUUUUCAACUCCCCAGGAGUUUGUUAUGCUGUCCAAGAGUUUAAUGAACGACCCCAUUAUGGAAAAGGAAAUUAUAACACGGGCCAAAGCCUACGUGAAGAAACAUCAUUCCUGGGAAGGUGAAAGGAAAACCUACCAGACUCUGGUGCUGAGGCUCCAGUGACUUUGCAAGAGUCCAGCUGGCAGCCACUCGAGCUCUGUAAUGAUGGAAAUGUCACUAGGUUUGGCUUUCUCUUGGCUCCUGUUUAGAGGGCUGGGCAGAGGGGCAGUGUUACUGUGCUGGCACAUACC